CCCUAACCCUUCCCCUCUCCAGUAGCUGCAGCACCCCAUCCAGAGCAGAGAAACAGCGGCGAAGAUGAAGUACAACCCACGCGUGUCUUCUUCCCGGCGCAAGAGCCGGAAGGCUCACUUCACGGCGCCGUCAAGCGUCCGCCGUGUCCUGAUGAGCGCGCCUCUCUCUGGCGACCUCCGGUCCAAGUACAACGUCCGCUCCAUGCCGGUCCGCAAGGACGACGAGGUCCAGGUGGUUCGAGGAACCUACAAGGGUCGUGAAGGUAAGGUGGUCCAGGUUUACCGCAAGAAAUGGGUUAUCCACAUCGAGCGCAUUACUCGUGAGAAGGUUAAUGGCUCCACUGUCAACGUCGGUAUUCACCCAUCCAAGGUUGUUAUCACUAAGCUCCGUCUCGAUAAGGAUCGUAAAUCGCUUCUCGACCGCAAGGCGAAGGGACGAGCCGCUGCCGAUAAGGACAAGGGUACUAAGUUUACCGCCGAAGAUAUUAUGCAGACCAUUGACUAGUAGGUUGGUUAAUUACGCUUGUUUUUGUUUGGUCGUUGUUGGAUUUAUAUUGAUGAAGGAAGAGAGAGGAAAACUAUGGCAUACAAUGUUACUUUUGAUGGUACUUAAAUUUUGUUUUGAUAUUUGUUUUGUUUCAACGCAAUGCCGAUAGUCACGAUUCAUAAAUGCUUGACUAUUUGUGUUGAUUUUUCUGAUCGUAGCGAUAUAUAUCUUGAUGUUGCGCUUU